GCUGGAGUCAUCAGCCGGUGACAGAAGGAGACAAACUCAUAGAGGAGGGAGCGGCUCUCACUCUCUGUGACUCCUAGCUCUCAGAACCUUGCGAUAUACUCUACUAGCUCUCAGAACCUUGCGAUAUACUCUACCAGCUCUCAGAACCCGGUGAUAUACUCUACCAGCUCUCAGAACCCGGUGAUAUACUCUACCAGCUCUCAGAACCCGGUGAUAUACUCUACCAGCUCUCAGAACCCGGUGAUAUACUCUACCAGCUCUCAGAACCCGGUGAUAUACUCUACCAGCUCUCAGAACCCGGUGAUAUACUCUACCAGCUCUCAGAACCCGGUGAUAUACUCUACCAGCUCUCAGAACCCGGUGAUAUACUCUACCAGCUCUCAGAACCCGCAUAUAUAUUUCAGCUCCUGGACGCAGGAUGACUGUCGGCAGGAAGCUAUUUCAUUUUCUUGUUUUACUGCUGCUCACUGAGAAGGUGUCUUCCCAGCACUGUGUAUGGUACGGAGAAUGUGGGAAAACAGAAACUGGCCAACGGUAUAACUGUGCGUAUUCUGGGCCCCCUAAACCACUGCCUGAGGAAGGUCACACAUUGCUACAGCAACUUUGUCCAUCGCUGUACUAUGGCAAUGUGAGUGUUUGCUGUGAUGUUGAUCAGCUCAACACACUGAACAGCAACUUGCAGAUUCCAUUGCAGUUCCUAUCCAGAUGUCCUUCAUGCUUCUUUAAUUUAAUGACCUUGUUCUGUGAGCUGACCUGCAGCCCUCGACAGUCAGAGUUUCUGAAUGUUACAGAAACCUCUCCCCUCGAUGGACCUGAAAGCAUCACAGCCAUGGAGUAUUACAUCGGAAAUCGAUUUGCAAAUGCCAUGUACAAUGCAUGCCAAGAUGUAGAAGCUCCAUCAAGUAAUGUCAAAGCUCUGAGUCUGAUGUGUGGAAAGGAUAUUAAGGACUGCAAUGCCACCAACUGGAUUGAGUACAUGUUUGACAAGGACAAUGAACAAAUUCCAUUUACCAUCACCCCGAUCUUCUCAGAUUUGCCGUAUCUUGAAAAGAUUCCCAUGAACAAUGCCACCAAAGGAUGCAAUGAGUCUGUGGAUGAAGUUGGUGCUCCUUGCAGUUGCCAGGACUGCACUCUUGUGUGUGGCAACACACCAAAGCCCCCUCCACCACCUGUACCUUGGCUUAUUUGGGGUUUGGAUGCUAUGGCUGUCAUCAUGUGGAUCGUUUACGUGGUUUUCUUGCUUCUCUUCUCUGCAAUCGCCAUUGCCUCUUGGUGUUAUAGGAAAAAGAACAUAGUAUCAGAAUAUGCACCAAUUGAUAGUACAUUAGCAUACUCUGUAAACUCUACACCAAUUUCAGGUGACCCAUCAUGCUGUGAUUCAGCUGGUGAAAGACUUGAGAACUGCCUGAGAAUUGCCUUUACAAAAUGGGGCUCAUUCUGUGUACGGAGACCGUUUGUUGUUAUAUUCUUUUCUCUGGUUGCCAUUGCUGCUUGUGCUUCUGGACUCCGAUUCAUAACCAUAACUACAGACCCGGUGGACCUCUGGUCCGAUCCACACAGUCAGGCUCGCCAAGAGAAAAAAUACUUUGACACCCAUUUUGGGCCAUUCUUUCGCACAGAGCAGCUGAUCAUCACUGCCCCCAACAGCUCAGUUCAUACCUAUACACCGAUCCCAGUGGGCAGGGUUGUACCCUUUGGACCACCCCUAGCCUUUGACAUUUUGGCUCAGGUCCUUGAGCUACAGAACGCCAUAGAAAACAUAUCUGCUGCAUACAAUAAUGAGACCGUGAUGCUGAAAGACAUCUGCCUGACUCCUUUGGCACCGUAUAACCGCAACUGCACCAUUCUCAGUGUGCUGAAUUAUUUCCAGAACAGUUACUCUGUGUUAAACCAUUCAAUCAGUAACCUCUUCUAUGUGGUCGCAGAUUACCACACUCACUUCCUAUACUGUGUGCAGUCCCCAGCCUCUCUGAAUGACACAACAAUUCUGCAUGACCCUUGCCUGGGUACAUUUGGGGGACCCAUCUUUCCAUGGCUGGUACUAGGGGGCUACGAUGGAGAGAAUUAUAACAAUGCAACAGCUCUUGUGAUUACCUUUCCUGUGAACAAUUUCCACAAUGAUACAGAAAAACUAAACAAAGCGAAGGCCUGGGAACAAGAAUUUAUCCGGUUUGUGAAAAGUUAUAAUAAUUCUAAUUUAUCGAUUUCGUUCUCUGCGGAGAGGAGCAUUGAAGACGAGAUAAAUCGGGAAAGCUACAGCGAUGUUUCCAUUGUGCUAAUCAGCUAUGGCUUAAUGUUUGCUUACAUCUCCUUGGCAUUGGGAAACGUCGGCCAAUGCCGUAGUGUCCUGGUGGACUGCAAGGUGUCUCUGGGUAUUGCGGGCAUUCUGAUUGUGCUCAGUUCUGUAGCGUGCUCCUUGGGAAUCUUCAGCUACGCCGGCAUUCCACUCACGCUCAUUGUUAUCGAGGUUAUACCAUUUUUAGUUCUUGCCGUAGGAGUGGACAACAUCUAUAUCAUCGUACAAACUUUGCAGAGAGAUGAACGCCAGCAGGGGGAAACCCUUGAUCAGCAGAUUGGCAGAGUCCUGGGGUCUGUUGCUCCCAGCAUAUUCCUAUCGUCUUUCUCAGAAACUGUUGCAUUUUUCCUAGGAGCACUGUCUACUAUGCCAGCAGUGCGCACAUUUUCCCUUUUUGCCGGAAUGGCCGUGUUCCUGGAUUUCCUCCUUCAGAUCACCUGCUUCGUGAGCCUCCUCGGUUUGGACAUCAGACGCCAAGAGAAAAACCGAUUGGAUAUCCUUUGCUGCGUCCCAGGAUGUAAACGCGAUCGUGGGGCUAAAAAAUCUGAAAGCUGGGUGUUCCUGUUUUUCAAAAAGCUUUUCUCUCCGCUGUUAAUGAAGGACUGGGUACGACCGAUUGUGAUAUCUGUGUUUGUGGGAAUCCUAUCAUUCAGCAUUGCUGUGACGAAUAAAGUAGAGAUCGGUUUGGAUCAAGCUCUGUCAAUGCCUGAUGACUCCUACAUGUUGACAUACUUUCACUCUCUCAAUAAGUUCCUGCACACUGGCCCUCCUAUGUACUUUGUGGUCGAGGAAGGACAUAAUUACACUUCUAAAGAAGGACAGGACAUGGUGUGUGGCGGCGCAGGAUGCAAUAACAAUUCAAUGGUGCAGCAGAUCUACAAUGCAGCACUGAUGAGUAACUACACCAGGAUCGGGUAUUCACCAUCCUCUUGGCUUGAUGACUACUUUGAUUGGGUAAAGCCUCAGUCUUCCUGCUGCCGAGUCUAUAAUGAGACCGAGAAGUUCUGCAAUGCUUCAAUUGUGGAUCCAGCUUGUGUACGUUGCCGCCCUUAUACUCAAGAAGGAAAGCAGAAGCCGGUCGGGGAAGAGUUUAUGAAAUUCCUUCCUAUGUUCCUGUCUGAUAACCCGAACCUCAAAUGUGGGAAAGGUGGCCAUGCCGCAUACAGCACUGCAGUUGACCUCUUGAACAAUAACACCCAAGUCGGGGCCACCUACUUCAUGACUUACCACACCAUUCUGAAAACCUCUACAGAUUUCAUUGAUGCCUUGAGGCAAGCUCGUGUCAUGGCCAAAAACAUCACUGAUAACAUGGACAUACCUGGGAAGAAUUAUCACGUAUUUGCUUACAGUAUUUUCUACGUAUUUUAUGAGCAGUAUUUAACCAUCGUGAAUGAUACCAUCUUCAACCUGUGUGUAUCUCUGGCUGCCAUAUUCUUUGUGGCUGUAAUAUUGCUGGGCUUCGAGCUCUGGUCAGCAUUUCUGAUGAGCCUCACAAUCGCCAUGAUUCUUGUCAAUAUGUUUGGAGUCAUGUGGCUUUGGGACAUCAGCUUGAAUGCAGUAUCACUUGUCAAUUUGGUUAUGUGCUGCGGUAUUUCUGUGGAAUUUUGCAGUCAUAUAACCAGAGCGUUCUCCGUCAGCACAAAGGGCAGCCGUGUUCAGCGAGCGCAGGAUGCUUUAGCCCAUAUGGGCAGUUCGGUUUACAGUGGAAUCACAUUGACCAAGUUUGUUGGCAUUGGCGUGUUGGCUUUCUCGAAGUCUCAGAUAUUUAAAGUGUUCUACUUCAGAAUGUAUCUAUCGAUGGUGCUGCUGGGGGCUGCUCAUGGCUUAAUAUUUCUACCUGUUCUUCUAAGUUACUUAGGACCGAAAGUAAAUAAAGCCAAGGCUCAAGCUGCAUUGGAAAGACUGCGAGGCACAGAACAAGAGAGACUUUUAAACCACUAACUUAACUUCCUGCAUCACCCAUGACCCAAAUGCUUGAGGACGACGUGCAAGAGCUGGGAGAGGUGCUGCACAAAAAAAAUGAACUAUACUGGCGCAGCCAUUCAUCUCAGGAAUACUUGAUUCCAUGAAACAGUGUUAGGGAUUUAAAAAGAAGCGGCUUUUGGGGGGGUUUGUACAUAGAAGUUACAUUUUGUUAAGAAUGGGGCAGGUUACAUUGUUCCAUGCCAUGUUUAAUUUAUGGGGAGGUUUGUUUUAUAAAUGCAAGAAUCAGUGCAAGUUUUCCAGCUGCUUUAUUCCAGAAAAUGAUUAUUCAUCAGAUGUAUAUUUUAGUAAUUAGUUUGAUAACGAAACAACAUUUUUGUAAAGAAAAACACAUUUUUGUAAUAGUAGCCGAAGCUGCAUGAACUUUAUUAGUGUAAUAAAUACUUUAUACAGUUUUUUACGCCGGGCCAGAUUAGGUCAUAAAGCAGGAAGUUUCAGCAGUGCCUGCUCUCCAAAAGUCUCUUUGAAGGAAGCCACGUGUUCCUCACAGUGUUCACCUGUAGGAGGAGAAUGAUCCACAAUGGAGUACACAGCUGCUAACAAACAUGCAUGGCCAAUGUACAGUGUUUUAAUGAAAUGACUACAUAUGCUCACCUAUGGUGGUUUUAUUCACUAAACUGCAACUUGAAUUGCACAAUUUAGAUCAAACUAGCAGAGCUGUAACCAUUAUUUCUCUUGAGUCACAGCUUGGCUAAUUUAGCCUGAAUAUUGCAACUAGGUUUCUAGUUAUAAUGCCCUCAAUUUACCUUUUUCCACAAGUUUUAAAGGGAUGUCAAGAUUGGACUGUAUUUGUACAUUGGAAUAAAAUAUUAAUUAAU